AUGCUCUUCAUGCCACCUCGCUCCAUCCGAAUUUCCCCAUCAACCCCCUUCAGGGGUCAGUUCUCUAGGCUGCUUCUGGUGCGCGUUCAUCCGAUGUUGGUGAGUCACGGUAGGCCCGGCGAGUCCGGUCUUGGGUGUCUUCCAGCCCGCCUGCUAGCCCGAAUCACGGAUCUUCGCGCAGAUCCAAACUCGGCCGGAUUAAGCCAAGCCAAGGCUCGUCGUGAAGCCGUCCUAUUGACCAGUCUGCACACAGCCUGCAGCGGCAUUUAUGCAUCGGCCGACGACGAGUUUCUGGUUGAUCCCGAUCCCGCGGCUGGCGGCAGUUUUGCUGGAGGUGCAGCCGGGGACAGUGUGCUUUUCGGCCGCGGACGCCACAGUAGACAACCGUUCGGGCUGUUCAUGGCUUCGCGUCUCCUGCUGCCUGUUGGAUGGUCGCUCGGAUGGCUGGCAAAUGACGCCGCCCGGCCCAGUCUGGGGGUAUCGCUUCAGCACUACAUUCCGGGCGGUCCAGCCUGUCUUCUGGAGGUGCUUGUAGCACGCGGCGAAUACGCAGAAUUGGCCGUGGUCCGCUGGAUUGGCCAGAUCAUGAUGGCGCUUCGCUGGUUGCAUACCUGCUUGUUUAGUCGUUGGACAGCCUCGGGAACUGUGGGCAGCCAUGGACUGGUGCGUCCCAACCAUGUGAUGGCAGCAAGACGCUCUUCCGGCAUGCCCGAUGUUGUGCUGACGGGACCCUCUGACGUGGGCCGACUAGGCGCGGAUCAUUCUGGGGCGGCCAGAACAAGUGAUCCAUUUUUGGGUAAUCUCCAGUUCAAGCAUACGCAUUCGCUCAUCCUCUGGCAUUUAUUUGCUGCACUCUGCCUGAAACAGUUGCCAAUAUUAUCAUUGUCUAAGAAGGCCAAAAACGCUCUAAAUAGUAUAGAGCAGAUAUGA